GAGAGAGAGGGAGAGAGAGACAUACAUACACAGUCAGGGAGAGAGAGGGAGAGUGUGAGAGCAACUGCAAAGGAGAGACACCGAAAUUGAGAAUUGGACAGUACCAACAGAGAGACGUGAUGGAACCCAUGGGUGAUGUUCUCCAUCUUUUAGUCAUCCUGUCCUUUUUGGAGACAGGCAAUGCCAAAGUGAAAGACUUCAAAGCAGCAGGAGCUACAGCACCAGGAGAUAUCAUCAUUGGAGGGCUGUUUUCCAUCCAUGAGGGAGUAGAGGAAUCCCUGAACCUCUCAGCACCCCAUGCAUCACAGUGUGUCAGGUAGGGUAAGUGCCAAGAUAAGAUUGGGUGUUGUAAAGAGAUAUUGAAAGAGUCUGUCUGUCUGUCUGUCUGUCUGUCUGUCUGUCUCUCUCUCUCUCUCUCUCUCUCUCUCACCUCCUCCAAUUAUCUCUCUCUCUCUCUCACCCCCUCCAAUUCUCUCUCUCUCUCUCUCUCUCUCUCUCUCUCUCUCUCUCUCUCUCUCUCUCUCUCUCUCUCUCUCUCUCAAUUCCAUUUCAAUUUAAGGGCUUUAUUGGCAUGGGAAACAUAUGUUAACAUUGCCAAAGCAAGUGAAGUAGAUAGUAAACAAAAGUGAAUUAAACAAUAAAAAUUAACAAUAAACAUUACACUCAGAAGUUCCAAAAGAAUAAAGACAUUUCAAAUGUCAUAUUAUGUAUAUAUACAGUGUUGUAACAAUGUGCAAAUAGUUAAAGUACAAAUGGGAAAAUAAAUAAACAUAAAUAUGGGUUGUAUUUACAAUGGUGUUUGUUCUUCACUGGUUGCCCUUUUCUUAUGGCAACAGGUCACAAAUCUUGCUGCUGUGAUGGCGCACUGUGGUAUUUUAUCAAAAUUGGGUAUGUUUUCGAAUUCUUUGUGAAUCUGUGUAAUCUGAGGGAUAUAUGUGUUUCUAUAUGGUCAUACAUUUGGCAUGAGGUUAGGAAGUGCAGCUCAGUUUCCACCUCAUUUUGUGUGCAGUGUACACAUAGCCUGUCUUCUCUUGAGAGCCAGGUCUGCCUAUGGCAGCCUUUCUCAAUAGCAAGGCUAUGCUCACUGAGUCUGUACAUAGUCAAAGCUUUCCUUAAGUUUAGGUCCUGUCACAGGUAUUCUGCCACUGUGUACUCUCUGUUUAGGGCCAAAUAGCAUUCUAGUUUGCUCAGUUGUUUUGUUAAUUCUUUCCAAUGUGUGAAGUAAUUCUCUUUCUGUUUUCUCUUGAUUUGGUUGGGUCUAAAUGUGUUGUUGUCCUGGGGCUCUGUGGGGUCUGUUUGUGUUUGUGAACAAAGCCCCAGGACCAGCUUGCUUGGGGGACUCUUCUCAAAGUUCAUCUCUCUGUAGGUGAUGGCUUUGUUAUGGAAGGUUUGGGAAUCGCUUCCUUUUAAGUGGUUAUAGAAUUUCAUGGCUCUUUUCUGGAUUUGGAAAAGUAUCGGUAUCGGUAUCUGUCACGCCCUGGCUCUGGGGACUCUAGUAUGUUGAGCCAGGGUGUGAGUUUUCAUUUGUGUUUGUUCUAGUUGUUGUAUUUCUAUGUUGGCCAGGGUGGCUCCCAAUCAGAGAUGGCUGUAGCUCGUUGUCUCUGAUUGGGAGCCAUACUUAAGUAACCGUUAGGCAUUCAUUUGGUGUGGUUUCUUGUUCCGUGUUGGUUUGUGUAUGCAACCAGGGACGUCACGUUUUCGUUUUGUUGUUUUGUUCGUGUGAUACUUUAUAAUAAUAAAAUGUUCGCAUUCCACGCUGCGCCUUGGUCCUCCUCUGUUCCCGACGAGCGUGACAGUAUCGGCCUAAUUCUGCUCUGCAUGCAUUAUUUGGUGUUUUUCGUUCUACACUGAGGAUAUGUUUUGCAGAAUUCUGCAUGCAGAGUGUCAAUUUGGUGUUUGUCCCAUUUUGUGAAUUCUUGGUUGGUGAGUGGACCCAAGACCUCACAACCAUAAAUGGCAAUGGGUUCUAUAACUGAUUCAAGUAUUUGUAGCCAGAUCCUAAUUGGUAUGUCGAAUUUUAUGUUCCUUUUGAUGGAAUAUAAGGCCCUUCUUGCCUUGUCUCUCAGAUCAUUCACAGCUUUGUGGAAGUUACCUAUGGCGCUGAUGUUUAGGCCAAGGUAUUUAUAGUUUUUUGUGUGCUCUAGUGCAACGGUGUCUAGAUGGAAUUUGUAUUUGUGGUCCUGGCAACUGGACCUUUUUGGAACACCAUUAUUUUUGUCUUACUGAGAUGUACUGUCAGGGCCCAGGUCUGAACGAAUCUGUGCAGAAGAUAUAGGUGCUGCUGUAGGCCCUCCUUGAUUGGUGACAGAAUCACCUGAUCAUCAGCAAACAGUAGACAUUUGACUUCAGAUUCUAGUAGGGUGAGGCCGGGUGCUGCAGACUGUUCUAGUGCCCUCACCAAUUUGUUGAUAUAUAUACGUUGAAGAGGGUGGGGCUUAAACUGCAUUCCUGUCUCACCCCACGGCCCUGUGGAAAGAAAUGUGUGUGUUUUUUGCCAAUUUUAACCGCACACUUGUUGUUUGUGUACAUGGAUUUUAUAAUGUCGUAUGUUUUUCCCCCAACACCACUUUCCAUCAAUAUGUAUAGCAGAACCUCAUGCCAAAUUGAGUCAAAAGCUUUUUUGAAAUCAACAAAGCAUAAGAAGACUUUGCCUUUGUUUUGGUUUGUUUGUCUGUCAAUUAGGGUGUGCAGGGUGAAUACAUGGUCUGUCGUACGGUAAUUUGGUAAAACGCAAAUUUGACAUUUGCUCAGUACAUUGUUUUCACUGAGGAAAUGAACUAGUCUGCUGUUAAUGUUAAUGCAGAGGAUUUUCCCAAUGUCGCUGUUGACGCAUAUCCCACGGUAGUUAAUGGGGUCAAAUUUGUCUCCACUUUUGUGGAUUGUGGUGAUCAGUCCUUGGUUCCAAAUAUUGGGGAAGAUGCCAGAGCUAAGGAUGAUGUUAAAGAGUUUAAGUAUAGCCAAUUGUAAUUUAUGGUAUGUAUAUUUUAUCAUUUCAUUGAGGAUACCAUCAACACCACAGGCCUUUUUGGGUUGGAGGGUUUGUAUUUUGUCCUGUAGUUCAUUCAAUGCAAUUGGAGAAUCCAGUGGGUUUUGGUAGUCUUUAAUAGUUGAUUCUAAGAUUUGCAUAUGAUCAUGUAUCUUUUUUUGCUGUUUGUUCUUUGUUAUAGCGCCAAAAAGAUUGGAGAAGUUGUUUACCCAUACAUCUCCAUUUCGGACAGAUACAGUGGCUUGCGAAAGUAUUCACCACCCUUGGCAUUUUUCCUAUUUUGUUGCCUUACAACCUGGAAUUAAAAUAGUUUUUUGGGUGGUUUGUAUCAUGUGAAUUACACAACAUGCCUACCACUUUGAAGAUGCAAAAUAUGUUUUAUUGUGAAAGAAAUCAGACAAAAAAACAGAACUUGAGUGUGCAUAACUAUUUACCCCCCCAAAAGUCAAUACUUUUUAGAGCCACCUUUUGCAGCAAUUACAGCUGCAAGUCUCUUGGAGUAUGUCUCUAUAAACUUGGCACAUCUAGCCACUGGGAUUUUUGCUCAUUCUUCAAGGCAAAACUGCUCCAGCUCCUUCAAGUUGGAUGGGUUCCACUGGUGUACAGCAAUUUUUAAGUAGUACCACAGAUUCUCAAUUGGAUUGAGGUCUGGGCUUUGACUAGGCCAUUCCAAGACAUUUAAAUGUUUCCCCUUAAACCACUCAAGUGUUGCUUUAGCAGUAUGCUUAGGGUCAUUGUCCUGCUUGAAGGUGAACCUCCGUCCCAGUCUCAAAUCUCCGGAAGACAGAAACAGGUUUCCCUCAAGAAUUUCUCUGUAUUUAGCGCCAUCCAUCAUUCCUUCAACUCUGACCUGUUUCCCAGUCCCUGCUGAUGAAAAACAUCCCCACAGCAUGAUGCUGCCACCUCCUUGCUUGACUGUGGGGAUGGUGUUCUCGGGGUGAUGAGAGUUGUUGGGUUUGCGCCAGACAUAGCGUUUUCCUUGAUGGACAAAAAGCUCAAUUUUAGUCUGAUUUGACCAGAGUACCUUCUUCCAUAUGUUUGGGGAGUCUCCCACAUGCCUUUUGGCGAACAUUUAAGCAAUGGCUUUUUUCUGGCCACUGUUCCGUAAAGCCCAGCUCUGUGGAGUGUACGGUUUAAUGUGGUCCUAUGGACAGAUACUCCAAUCUCCGCUGUGGAGCUUUGCAGCUCUUUCAGGGUUAUCUUUGAUCUCUUUGUUGCCUCUCUGAUGAAUGCCCUCCUUGCCUGGUCCGUGAGUUUUGGUGGGCGGCCCUCUCUUGGCAGGUUUGUUGUGGUGCCAUAUUCUUUCCAUUUUUUUAUAAUGGAUUUAAUGGUGCUCCGUGGGAUGUUCAAAGUUACUGAUAUAUUUUUUAUAACCCAACCCUGAUCUGUACUUCUCCACAUCUUUGUCCCUGACCUGUUUGGAGAGCUCCUUGGUCUUCAUGGUGCCGCUUGCUUGUUUGGUGGUACCCCUUGCUUAGUGGUGCUGCAGACUCUGGUGCCUUUCAGAACAGGUGUAUAUAUACUGAGAUCAUGUGACACUUAGAUUGCACACAGGUAGACUUUAUUUAACUAAUUAUGUGACUUCUGAAGGUAAUUGGUUGCACCAGAUCUUAUUUAGGGUCUUCAUAGCAAAGGAGGUGAAUACAUAUGCACGCACCACUUUUCUGUUAUUUUUUUUUGUAGAAUUUUUUGAAACAAGUUAUUAUUAUUUUUUCACUUCACCAAUUUUGACGAUUUUGUGUAUGUCCAUUACAUGAAAUCCCAAUAAAAAUAAAUUUUAAUUACAGGUUGUAAUGCAACAAAAUAGGAACAAGCCAAGGGGGAUGAAUACUUUUGCAAGGCACUGUAGCUCUUCGUGCUGUUGUUUGUUUAGUGUUUUCCAAUUUUCCCAGAAGUGGUUAGAGUCUAUGGAUUCUUCAAUUACAUUGAGCUGAUUUCUGACGUGCUGUUCCUUAUUUUUCUGUAGUGUAUUUCUGUAUUGUUUUAGUGAUUCACCAUAGUGAAGGCGUAGGCUCAGGUUUUCUGGGUCUCUAUGUUUUUGGUUGGAUAGGUUUCUCAAUUUCUUCCUUAGGUUUUUGCAUUCUUCAUCAAACCAUUUGUCAUUAUUGUUACUUUUCUUCUGUUUUCUGUUUGAAAGGGAAGCUGAGAGGUCAAAUAUACUGUUUAGGUUUUCUACUGCCAAGUUUACAGUGGAACGUUUUGUCCAGGAAGUUGUCUAAAAGGGAUUUAAUUUGUUGUUGCCUAAUUGUUUUUUGGUAGGUUUCCACACUAUUUUCCUUCCAUCUAUAGCAUUUCUUAAUAUUAUUCCAUUCCUUUGGAUUUGAUGCUCAUGAUUGAGUAUUGCUCUGUUCAAGUAGACUGUUUUUGCUGUGGUCUGAUAUGGGUGUCAGUUGGCUGACUGUGAAUGCUCUGAGAGACUCUGGGUUUAGGUCAGUGAUAAAGUAGUCUACAGUACUACUGCCAAGAGAUGAGCUAUAGGUGUACCUACCAUAGGAGUCCCCUCAAAGCCUACCGUUGACUAUGUACAUACCCAGCGUGCGACAGAGCUGCAGGAGUUGUGACCCGUUUUUGUUGGUUAUGUUGUCGUAGUUGUGCCUAGGGGGGCAUAUGGGGGAGGAAAUGCUGUCAUGUCUAGGUAGGUGUUUGUCCCCCUGUGUGCUGAGGAUGUCAGGUUCUUGUCCAGUUCUGGCAUUUAGGUCGCCACAGACUAGUACAUGUCCCUGGGCCUGGAAAUGAUUGAUUUCCCCCUCCAGGAUGGAGAAGCUGUCUUCAUUAAAAUAUGGGGAUUCUAGUGGGGGGAUAUAGGUAGCACACAGGAGGACAUUUUUCUCUGUUGAGAUAAUUUCCUUUUGAAUUUCUAGCCAAAUGUAAAAUGUUCUUGUUUUGAUUAAUUUAAUAGAGUGACUUAGGUCUGCUCUGUACCAAAUUAGCAUACACCCUGAGUCCCUUCCCUUUUUCACACCUGGUAGUUUGGUGGAUGGGACUACCAGCUCUCUGUAACCUAGAGGGCGACCAGUGGAUCCAUCUCCUCUAUACCAUGUUUCUUGUAGGAUAACAAUGUCUGUAUUUCCUAUUCCUUUGGUGAAGUCCAGGUUCCUGCUCUUUAGGCCAAAGGCAGAUGACCUCAGGCCUGGAUAUUCCAGGAUGAGAAUUCUCUCUCUCGUCCUGUCCCAAGCCCCUUUUGCCUCUCGUAUCUGUUCCCCUCAGGCCUGGAUAUUCCGGCUACUCUGAGACCUCUCUCUUUCUCUCUCUCUCUCUCCUCUCUCGUCAUCUCUCUCUCUCUCUCUCUCGCUCUCUCUGCUCUCAUCUCUCGCCUCUCUCUCUCAUCUCUUCUCUCUCCUAACCUCCUUCUCUCUCCUGCUCUCUCUCUCUCUCUCUCGUGUCUCUCUCUCUCCAUCGUCUUCUCUCUCUCUCUCUCUCUCGAUUACAUCUCUCCUCUCUCGUCUCUCUCUCUCUCUUUCACUCUCUAAUGUAUGACUAAGUGUUUGUGAGAGAGAGUUGAUUUACUCUGAAAGGUGAUGAUCAAACCAUGCCUUAUGUACCUUGAACAAACACACACACUCAAAUGCACACAAACACAGGUUCAACACGGAUGGGUUCACCCGGGCAUUGGCUAUGAUCCACGCUAUAGAGUUGGCCAACAGAUCCCCUGUCCUGACUACACUAGGGAUCUCUCUGGGAUACCGUAUCCACGACUCCUGCUCUGAUGUCACCACCACUCUGAGGGCCUCAGCUGACUUCACACAGGUAAAAGCUCUUUAGCCAAAAUGUUGGUCAAAUCAAUCCACAGCAAGGAUAGAUGAGUAUGCUACCUUUUUUGGAUUUGUAUAGUUAAUCUUCCAUUAGCCAGCACCUCAUAUAAAUGGUGUACAUUCUUUACUUCACACAGGAGCCAACCACAGACUGUGGGGGAGGGGCCAACACCUCUAACGCUUCCCCGCCAAUCAUGGCCAUCAUAGGGGCCUCUUCCUCUGAGAUUUCCAUCUCCAUUGCCCGGCAACUCAACCUGGAGCUUAUUCCUCAGGUAAGCAGUCAAAACCCACCCACAGAGUGACGAUUGAUGGACAGUAACAAAAGGGUUGAUAAAAUAAUGAAUAACCGAGUUGUGUCAAAAAAAUGACAGACAGCAAUGAUGAUACAGAUAAAUGACAAAAUCACUUCAACAUAGGACCACCGGAAACCGUGUGGCCAGGCAGCAUUUUUCUGUCUAUCACAUCGGAGUGCUGCUGUACGCUCUUUGCGUGUCUUGACUAAUCAGAUUCACGGAAAUUGCAGGUCGCGCGGGCAGGGCACAAAGCUCAAGGUGUUUUUUAAAACCACCGGACCAGAUUAGAAAAACUCUGGUCCCAUCAUAGCCCAUAUUAAAUAUUUUUAGAACAGAUAAAUCACGGCAUACCGUGUAAGGUCCUGAGUUUUACCUGGUUAGGUUACUUCUGAUCCAACAUAACCUUAUCUCUUUGAAUCAUCACAGAUCAGUUACGCCUCCACCGCCAUCAUCCUGGGUGACAAGAUCCGUUUCCCCGCGUUCCUGAGGACUGUGCCUAGCGACCUGUACCAGACGCGUGCCAUGGUCCGGUUGCUUAGCGACAGCAAAUGGACCUGGGUGGGCAUGGUCACCACAGAUGGAGACUACGGCCGCUCAGCCAUGGAGAGCUUUGUCUCCCAGGCAACCGCCUCAGGGAUCUGUGUGGCCUUCAAGGAGAUCCUCCCUGAUUCGCUGACCAGCCCUGAUAUCAACUCAGCCGUCAGAAAUGCCAGCAACACCAUCCGCAGCAACCCCAAGGUCAAGGUGGUGGUGACAUUCGCCAAGCCUACUCACAUGACGUACCUGUACCGGGAGCUGAGGGGUCAGAGGCUGGGGUCAGGGCUGGGGGAGAGGGUGUGGGUGGCCAGUGACAGCUGGUCAUCGUCAAAGGAGGCCCUGGGAGAGAUGGACCUCCCAGAUAUCGGCCAUGUGGUGGGCUUCACCUUCAAAAGAGGGAACCUGGCUCCUUUCCAUCACUACCUGAUGAAUAUGAGUGACAGCAAUGAUGUCAUAAGAAACAACUCCUUCCUAAAGGAGUUCUACUCCCUGCUAAACGGGUCGGGAGACCCCGGGGUUGUGUCCUCCUCCACAGCCGCAGCAGAGAUCCUGCUAAACAACAGCCAUGCAGGCAUAGUCUUCAGUGUGGAGAUGGCUGUCAGUGCCAUCGCCCAUGCAGUGGCUGAUAUCUGCAGCAAAAAGGACUGCAAGACAGCAGGCACUGUCCAACCCUGGAAGGUAGCUACUGCACAACUCCUCAUGUCUACAGCACAACAAACUGAACUUAUAUACUGUAUGUCAUCUAAUAUAUUUGGGAUAUGGCUUUGGUCUACGAUAUGUGAACGAACUUGCAUUUGCAUUUGUUUCAGGUGCUUCAAGCCCUGAGGGGAAGUCGGUUUGAGCUGGAGGGGAAAAGCUAUAUGUUUGACCAGAAAGGGGACAUCAACCUGGGCUAUGAUGUAACCGUGUGGAGGUCUGUGAGAGGGGUCAUCAACGUCAGUGACGUUGUAGCUGAGUACCAUCCAAUCAACAACAGCUUCAGCUACACCAGCAGACACACCACAAAUAUCACUGACCUGAAGGUAAGGGUUAGGGUUAUGUUGAGGGUUAGGGUUAGGGUGAGGGUUAAGGUUAGGUCUCACUCUCUUUUGUCUGUCUGCUAGGCUGCCACACAAAGGUUCAUGUACACAUCCACAUUAACCGAUUAUCACACUUGACAUAGAGAGACACAAACACAAACAGAUCGGAAGGUCAAACAAUCUACUUUUUCUUCCGCAAAGUGACUAAAGAAAACUAAACAUACCUGUUUGAGAGACUUCUCAGUAAAACUGGAAAACAAAUAGAGAUGGAAAUUCAAUAACCCCUGAUCAGUUAAACAAUGGGCAUUGUUUGAAUAAGAAAACCAAGUACCUUGGCACACACUGGGUGCACCUGUAUCACACAUUCAUGUUAGAUAUCGGUGAUGCUCUAAAAACAAAAGUAAAAACUGUUGUGUAACAAACACAAUACUCAGAAGAAUAUAAUUAGCGGUUGAAUAGUUUGUAUAUGCCUCCCUUACAGAAAAACCACAUGAUUUCACGUGGAACAUCACAUGAUUUUACAUGUGAAAUCAUGUGAAAAUGUGUUUAUGGAACACUUCACGUGAUUACGUUUUCACAUGUGUUGUUUCAUGUUAUCACGUGUUGCUUUACAUGUUGUCACAUGGUUUUAAGUCGACAGCUAGGUUUAACUGUGCCCAGGAAACUGGCCAUACAUGUAAAGGCUUGUUUGAAAACUACAAUUAAUAGAUUUCAGUCAGAGUUCUUCUUGGGUCAGCCAUUUAAAUUAGUGCAUUGUUUCCUGAUGCAGGAUGUGGUGUCUGUGUGCUCGGCUAGCUGUAAGCCUGGGGAGUUCAAGAAGACUGCUGAGGGUCAGCACACCUGCUGCUAUGAAUGCAUCAACUGCACUGAGAACCACUACUCCAACAACACUGGUUAGUUCUCAUGUACUGUCUCUCUAUACACACCAGUGUACUCUAACUCUCCUCAGUUCACACAAUCUUACAACACUGUCCUUAUCCAACACUGUUAGUACUAGGCAACAACACAUAUAUUUCUAAAUUCUAAACAGUUGUUCAAGCACUAUCCUCCCUUCCAACCCUUUGUGUGCCUCUGUCUCCUCUCCAGACAUGGACCAGUGUCUGUCUUGUGACACAAAGAGAGAGUGGUCCUUGGAAGGGAGCUCUUGGUGUACCCAUAAGACCCUGGAGUUCUUCUCCUGGCAGGAUGGCUUUGCGGUGGUGCUGCUGGCGCUGGCGGCCCUGGGCAUCAUCCUGGUUCUCCUGGUGGGGGCGCUCUUCCUACACCAACACCAGACCCCCGUGGUGAAGGCUGCCGGUGGGCCUCUCUCCCAGCUCAUGCUGCUCUCCCUAGUGGGAAGUUUUGUUAGCGCUGUGUUCUUUGUAGGUCAUCCCAGCAGCCUCCAGUGUAAGGUAUGUACGGUACACACAGUUUGGGAAACACUUCUGUAAUGUACUGUCUGUGACGUUGUCUGAUUGUACCAGUGUCAGUUUGUGAAUUCAUGGUUUAUUGUGUGUGUAUUGUUCUGAACCUUAUGUAACUUUGCGGUAAGGAAUUUAGUUUGUAGACGCAAAGAAAAUUUAAAUACAAAGAGAUAAUACAUUUCUGUCUCAUUGUCUCAUCUCUUCUCAUCUUCAAGACGCGUCAGGUGCUGUUUGGCCUCAGUUUCACCCUGUGUGUUUCCUGCAUCCUGGUCAAGUCCCUGAAGAUCCUGCUGGCCUUCCAGCUCAACCCUGAUCUGAAGGACGUUCUCCGCCGCCUCUACCAACCCUACGCCAUCAUUUGUCUCUGUGUGGCCCUACAGGUUCUCACCUGCACCCUGUGGCUGGUCCUGCAGAGCCCCUGGGACAAGGCCACUGUCUUCGCCACCACUGUGCUGGCCGAGUGUGACGAGGGCUCCUACAUGGCGUUUGGCGUAAUGCUCGGCUACAUCGCUGUCCUGGCGCUCGUCUGUUUCGCCUGUGCAUUUAAAGGCCGCAAGCUGCCACAGAAUUACAAUGAGGCCAGGUUCAUCACCUUCAGCAUGCUCCUCUACCUCAUGUCCUGGGUGAUCUUUGUGCCCGUCUAUGUGACCACCUCAGGGAAGUACCUGCCAGCGGUGGAGAUGGUGGUCAUCCUCAUCUCCAACUAUGGCAUCCUCAGCUGUCAUUUCUUCCCCAAGUGCUACAUCAUCCUCUUCAAGAAGGAGCACAACACCAAGAGUGCCUUCAUGAAGAACGUGCAGGACUUCUCCUUUAAGAGCAUUACUGACUCUAGCUCUGUCUCUGAGACUUCAGUCUCUCAGACAGAAGGGAAGUGUACCAGUCACACUUACUCCAUCAGUUCACCUUCUUUCUGCAUGUCUCCUCCACCAAUAGAAACCACAGCACCUCAGAAUUUCUGGUCCGUUGGCCAAAACAUUCAGAGCAUUGACAUUGCAACCCAUUGCACCAUAGUAGACCAUGGAGUGUUUGUCACAGGUCAGCUGACCCGACCAUACCGUCUGAGGAGAAGCAUGAGCCUAUGAGUGGAGUGGACCACUGUCUGGAACUUUAACUUCUCACGGUACAUCACACGGUGUGUCUAUGUUUCUCUCAUUGGUUUGACUGUUCCCAUUUUGCUUAGUCUGCUGGUAUGUUUUUUGCCCAAGUGGGUUGUUGAUUUGUACAUUCAAGGCAAUUUGGGUAACACUUUAUUUGACACUGAUAUGGCAGGUAGCUUAGUGGUUAAGAGCGUUGUGCCAGUAACCGAAAGGUCGCUGGUUCUAAUCCCCAAGCCGACUAGGUGAAAAAUCUGUCGAUGUGCCCAUGAGCAAGGCACUUAACCCUAAUUGCUCCUGUAAGUCGCUCUCGAUAAGAGCGUCUGCUAAAUGACUUAAAUGAAAUGAUAUAAAUGAUAUGGACAGUGUCAUAAAUAAGAAUAAACUCUGUCAUACGGUGUUAUGUUCAUAUAUCAAUAUUUGUACUGGUUAAGCAUUAUUUGUAAACUGCAUAUCGUGUCUAUACUGUGUGAAACGUUCUAACUAAACAUCAUGGGGGAUGUUGGUAUUUGCUAUGGACAAACUGUCAUGUUGUGUGUUGGAUCCCUGAAUAGGCAGUUUGUAUGUGUAAUGUGUACAGUAACCAGCAUUUCUCUCUAUUAUAGGAACUGAUGCAGCAGGAUACAUAUGAGAUAUUACAUUUCAUAUUGAAAACAUGUAUACGAUGAACACUAUAGUUGGAAUUUGUGUCACUGUUUUUUAAUGCAUGCUUGGUUUGUAAGUGGACGUUCUUGAAGUUCUUACAUAUUUCUAUAUAUUUAUUUGUCACAUGCGCAGAGUACAACAGGUGUAGUCUUUCCUCCUUAUGAUA